ACAAGGCUCUGAACAGCAACUUUCUACCAAACCGCCGAUCUUUCUCAUAGUCUGUCACUACUGCAUUGCACACCUCAACAUAUAUCAUCACUAUGAAUACUUACAAUUCGUCCUCGCGAGAUAAUCAGUGUAGCAGGAGGCAGAGGUCGAAGGAUAUCGCUCACGAUCUCGACACGUUCAUCGUUUGCAGACAGAUCAAGCUGUCAAUCAGUGCUCAAAUUCAAGAAGUAUAUUUCCAGAACCCAAACCACCUGGUUGCAUUCUCCAAGAUUAUGGCACAGUUGCCUUGGGCGCAUCAGGAUCCGUCUACUUUGCCAUCCUGCGCAUGUCAUCCUCAUGACCACGACUUUGGAGUUGCAAGUCAUCGCAAGAAGCACAAAGCAAGCGUUCGAUAUGCAGGCAAGGAUAGAGACGGUCACAGUGCCCUCGGUGAUGCGAAAUGCGAAGCGCCAUUUUCCAUCUCAUGUGCCAUUUCAUGUGGUGUAGGGACUUUUCUUCUUGUCGAGGCUGUUCGUGGCGGUGAAAGAAACGCCCGAGAUGUGGAGCUCAGAAGGACCUUCCUUAACCUUCGGUCACAAGAUAUUGAAAAUAAUCCGAAUACAACCAGGACAUCUGCCAGCCCUUUUGUGGAUGACAAAUUUCUUUCAACGUCCGGUCCGGAAAGCUCUGAUGCGAGCUAUCAGCAACCUGUUACAUGCAGUGUUCCUGUCUCGGAGGUCUUGAAUGUCCAAUCUGACCUUCUCGAGGUCGAUCUUCUGUCUCUGGGUGCGAUGGCGUACGAGCUAAUUCAUGGCUGCAAGCCGACACACGGUUCUAAAUUUCUUCGAGACCUCCGUCUCCAAAAGGACCGUGUAGUCUUCAAAUCCAAGGAAACCAUGGACGAGCCCACGCAAGUAUCGAUCUAUCAGUCCUUGUUGAAGGAUCUUAUAGGCCAUAUUCUACUCGACGUAAUACAGGAUUCCGGGCUCCGGUCGGAUCCCGAGGUUAACUGUCAGAACUGUCAGAACUCCGCACAGAAAGCCCAUCAGAUGCUGGGGGCUCCAAUGCUUUCUUGCACGGACUCCAGAGACGUUCGACAAACAUCUUGGGCGUCGACCUCAACUACAACAUCAUCAUCUGACAUCUCAGAUAUCUCGGCUGCCAUCGACGCUUCCGAUUCCUUCGUUUCUGUUGUUCUUGACGAACCCGCUGUACCUGUGACCUCGACGAAGACUUGUUCUUUUGCCUCUAGGUCAUUGGCUCGUCUCAGCCGGUUCUUUCUCUGCAGAGCUCCUUGA